ACCCUGUUUUUUGCACUUACUCUGUUUCUAUGGAUUCUAAUUCCCAAUUCUUUGGAGAAGCUGAAGAAUGUAACAGCAGUGAAUCUGGAUGGACAAUGUACAUUGGUUCUCCUUCAACUUGUGAUGGUGAGGUGGAAAAUAAUGGGGAUUUUGAUGAAUUAGAAGACAAUAAUUAUAACAGAGAAGGUCGCGUUAAUGAAGACGAUGAGGAUGAGGAUGGUGAUACUGAUGAUUCAAUGGCUUCUGAUGCAUCUUCAGGCCCAAUUAGUCAUUUUUCAAGAAAUGGGAAGAGUGGUGGUGUAGCUAUGGUUAAUUUCAAGAAUUCAAAGGAAAAGGGUAAGGAAAAAGAUUGCAGCUUUAGUAACAAUAAAGCAAAGAGUUUAAUGAAGAAUGGUUACAAGAAUGAUGAUCAAGAUAAGGUGAAAGAGUCUAUAUUUGCUGCAAAAGGUACUAAAGGUGCCUCCAAUGGUAGUAAUAAUAAGGUUAGGAAAAGUAUUUGGAGGGGCAAAGGGAAGUAGAGAUAGUAGUAGUAUAGCUUACCUAGCGUUUGAUCAUAAAUUUUGAAGAUUUAUCUUCAAACAUUUAUUUUGGUCAUGAAAUUUGAUCAGUUCAAAUAUUUUCAAAUUCUCAAAAAUUGGCUUAAACAACUGAGAAAUUUCAAUUUCACUCACAAAACUUCGUCUUAAA